AUGAUUGUUGAUCCGGCUGAUGAUGAUGGAUGUUCGAGCUUCACGCUUUCUUCCGGGUCCCGAUACCAUCCAGCGGCACACCUCCUCCUGAAUGAAGUUCUGAAAAUAGCCAAAUCAAACAGUCAUUCCUCAUCAUCGAUCAAAACCAAAGCAUUCUUAUAUCGGUACGCCGUUCGGGCCGGACCGGGACGUGCUUCGAUCUAUCAUCCGUUCUUCCGCUUCCGUCAGGCUGUAGGUUGUACUCCCGAAAGCCGUGGCUGCAUCUGGGUCGGCUUACGUGGUGGUAUAUUGUGUGGUGGGACGGGCGUGGGAAGAGCUCGGGCGCAAAGCUGGGUUAUCCUGGGCGAGCCAGUGAUCAUCGCCGAUGAGACUGCGACUCGGAAUGGCUUGGAUGAUUUUGAGCGGGUUGUUGUUGUUGUUGCUGGAGUUGUGUUGUUGUCGUGCCGGGUCCGGUGCGGUACAUGGGGAAUCCGUUGGGAAUUGAUGAAGAGUGUCCGCCAGGGAAGUAAAUAA